CCUGCAGGCAAACGCUUGAAUGCCUUGGAAAGUUCGCACCAAGAUCUCGCUUCACAAGGGGCAGCGCUCGACCCCUAGUGUAUUACUAUCAACUCAGGAGAUAAUGGCGUCCAACUUGGGGACCAAGUCAAGGUCGCGAACAGGUGACGUGGGUAUGCGUUCCGCUGUCAUGCGCCCCCCAUUAGAUAACUUAAGGAAAGCGAUUAAUGUUCCGCUACAUGGUCCGCCCUGAGUAAUACAGUCGAAUGGCACCAACCACAAUCGUACAAGUCCGGUUACGUCCCAUCAUAUAAAAGUGCGUCGAUUACAGGACGUUGCAGAAUCCAUAUCCUCAGCCAACGCAAUGCUGAUUCCUGAUUCCUGGGGGCCCGAUCGGGGGUCAAGCAUGUACUAUAAGUCACUCUUCCCUGACCUGCCAAAGGUCCCCGAAUCAAAUGUUCACCACCUGCUCUUCAAUCGACCUGACCAGAAGGAGUGGCCAGACUACACCUUGUUCGUGAAUGUAGCUACUGGCCAGCGGCGUUCGUUCAGGGAGUUCGUCGAGCGUGUCCGCGAUGGCGCUACCUCACUGGGUGCCGAUGUGGCGCAGGGUGGUCUAGGUCUUCGCCCAGAGAAUGGAGAACUUGUAGGUAUCCUGAGCGAGAAUUGCCCAGACUAUGUCGCCCUGAUGCAUUCAUUACUCGUUAUCACAGUCCCAUUUGCGCUGUUCUCAUCCUACUCAACGCCGUAUGAGUUCAAACACGCGAAUGCGCUAGCGCACCCGACUAGGAUUUUUACUAGUCCUUCUCUGUUGCCGCUCGCUUUGACUUCGGGUCUCCCAGCUGAUCGAAUUUACCUUCUAGAAGGGGAGAACAACGGUUACAUAAGCUACGAUCAGCUCGUCUCCUCUGCUCGUAAGGAUAACAUUCCACGACUGCCAGUCCGUCAUGCAACCAAGGACACUCUGGCAUACCUGAUCUAUUCCAGUGGGACAAGUGGUCCUCCAAAAGCCAUCAUGAUAUCCCACCGAAAUAUCGCCUGUGCCACCCUAGGAGCGAUGGUAGCCGGUAUGGAAACAGCUAAAGUUCGAGCCCCACCAGUAUGGAACACCCCUAAUGGGCUCGAAGUAACGUUCAAUAUCCUUCCGGUCUAUCACUCUCUUGGCCUCUGCACGACCGCUUUCUUCAACUUCCUUAAACCUUUCACGAUCGUCAUGCUGCCGAAGUGGAACAUCGAUUCAUUCUUCGACAGCGUCCCGAAAUACCACAUCACGACCAUAUUUCUCGUCCCCUCACUUAUACACCAGAUCGUCCACCAUCCGCGGUUCAAAACCACUGAUAUGAGCUCGGUUAAGGCAGUCGCCAGCGGCGCCGCGUAUCUCCCGUCCCAGCUUGCCGACCAGCUUUGCGCACGUUUCCAAGACGUAGACAGAGUUUCCGAAGGCUAUGGCAUGUCCGAAUUCACAAUGACCAUCGCCACGAAGCCCAUCCCUGGCCUGCUCAACGGACGCGCCAAGAACAAGCCGGGCUCUGUUGGAAUUCUGGUUCCUGGCGUGGAAGCUUGCAUUAUCCGUCCCGACGGAUCCCUUGCAGGUCCGAACGAGCCUGGUGAGCUCCUCGUCCGCGGAGGCGCUACGGCGCUGGGAUACAGGGGAAAUGACAAGGCGACACGGGAAACGUUUGUCGAUGGGUGGUUGCGCACAGGUGACCAGUUACGGAUCGAUGAGGACGGAGUGCUUUUCUUCGAAGACCGCACCAAGGACACGCUCAAAAUUUCAGGAAUGCAAGUCUCCCCGGCCGAAAUCGAGAACACGAUCCUGGCACAGCCGGACAACCUCAUCACUGACGUGUCCGUCGCGGGCGUUUCGGGCGGGCGUACCUCAGACGAACGUAUCCCGCAUGCAUGGAUCGUGCUAUCCCCGGCAGGCAUGGCGCUGGGCAAAAAAGAAGUCGUGGCACAGCUUGAUACGUGGGUGCAGGAGCGGCUAAGUCGCUAUAAGUGGUUGAGGGGGGGCAUUAAGAUUGUGGAGACGAUUCCGAAGUUGCCGACUGGGAAGGUGUUGAGGCGGGUGUUGGUGGAGGAUUAUGAAAGGGAGGUAAAGGCGAAGGCCAAAUUGUGAAAACGCGUCAUCAAUGCGAUUAUUUCGUAUAUGUUUUUCGAUACCCGCGUCCGAUGUAUCAUCAUCGUGCGACUUAAUAUUCCUUCCUCUAUGUAAGGGCUAGCUAGGGGAGACCAUUAUUGACCAGUAUCAUGAUAAAUAUGUACCAAAGCUAAUAGCUGAUUUUUUUUUGAAGAUGAA